AAAAUUUCUCAUCAGUCCUUUGGUCUUCUUCUUUUCUCUUAAUUAGCCACUUUGUCCGCACAAUUAAUUUCCCCGAUUUGUGUAUUUGAUUACCCACAUUAGACACAAAUUAUUACCACAAACCACGCCACCCCCGAACUUGCUUAUUAGCAGAUCCCGGGAUCUGAAAUCCUGAUCAAAUCAACGCCAUCCGUUAAGUCAUCGGACGGUGCAGAUUCACCCCCUGGUCCUUGGUGGCCAGCAAGAACAACUUUCAGCGUCGGCCACCAUUAAAGAAACACCUCAAAAUACCAACCCCACCUCUCCUCUCCCUCCAUUCUUCUUUCCCUUUUUUUCCUAGAGAGAGAGAGAGAGAGAGAAAAGAAGCGAUUCCUUACCAAGUUCAGCACUCUUCUUCUUCUCCUACUGUAGUUUUAGCUUUUCUAACUAAUUCCAUGGCUGCUCUCCUCACAGCCAAGAGGAAGAAGUCCAAACAGCAGCCAUCGUCGUGGGAUCAAAUCAAGAACUUGCUCAGCUGCAAACAAAUCGACGGCUCCAAAAUCCACGACCCCUCCAAGAACCACCCUCCCCGCCACCGCCACCGCCACCGCCCAAUUUACUCUUCAAUCUGCACCACCUUCAGCUCCAGGGUUGUCCACCGCGCCGACGACAUCUCGCCGGAAUCCAGCAGCUCUGUCGCCGCCCUGCAGGAAACCUGCCUGCUCACCAAAAAGAGCCGCCAUGGGUCAUCCUCAUCAUCAUCCUCCUCCUCUUCUCGCAUGCACUUGCGGAAGCUCUCUGGAUGCUAUGAGUGUCGUCAAUCCUUCGUCGACCCUGCUGCUUCCAGGAGGUAUCCAUUGACGACAGAGUGUGCAGUUUGCUCUCAGUGUGGAGAGGUUUUCCCUAAAAUUGAGAGCCUGGAGCUUCAUCAAGCACUCAAGCAUGCAGUGUCGGAAUUGGGACCGGAGGACUCGAGCCGCAACAUAGUGGAAAUAAUAUUCAAAUCGAGCUGGCUUAAAAAGGACAGCCCAAUCUGCAAGAUCGAACGGAUACUAAAAGUCCACAACACCCAGCGCACGAUCCAACGGUUCGAGGACUACCGAGACGCCGUCAAGACACGCGCCAAGCGCCACGCCAGGUGCGCCGCCGACGGCAACGAGUUGCUCAGGUUCCACUGCGCCACUCUCGCCUGCCCCCUCGGCGCCCGCGGCUCCUCCGCCCUCUGCGGCGGAGCCUGCGGCGUCUGCAACGUCAUCCGCCACGGCUUCCAAGGAAACAAAGCCGCCGGAAUUUUCACCACCGCCACCAGCGGACGCGCCCACGACUGCCUCGGCGCCGGCUCCGGCUCCGGCUCCGGCUCGCGCCGAGCGAUGCUCGUGUGCCGCGUGAUCGCCGGGAGGGUGAAGCGAACAGCGGAGGAUGACGACGGCGGCGGCGGAGAGUCUCCGGCGGGAGGGUCGUACGAUUCCGUCGCCGGAAGCGCGGGGAUUUACUCGAAUUUGGAGGAGCUCUGCGUGUUCAGUUCGAGGGCAAUUUUGCCGUGCUUUGUGGUAAUCUAUAAAGCCGUGGAGGGAGGGGUAAUUUAGACAUUUCAAGUUAUAAGGUAAGGGCAUCGUUGUGGUCACCGUAGGACCAGUUUGUUUUCUUUGCUUAUGUACAGACAUUUACCAAUUAAAAAAAAAACAA